UUGUGCGACCUGCAAGCGCGCGCGCGCUCGAGCUAGUCGUCCAGGGGCCGUUCCCCGCCGGUGGGCCAGGUGACCGCGUUCGAAUCGUUUAUCCGUCGAUCCGUCCGCAUCGAAUCCAACGCCACAGUCUCCAGCGGGUACAGUCAGCCGCACGUGCCGCACGUGCAAGCCGAAUUGACCCAGACACUUGGCCCGCUAGGUGCAGCUACUAAUAAGGAGUCGGUUGGCGUGCGUGAAGCGAACGAAGGAAAGAAAGUAAGCAAAAAAAAAAUACACAAACCACCCCAAAGGGGUGCAAACCGCGUUACUGCCGGUGCUGAAUACGAGCGAGAGUGUGUGUGUGUGUUUUUUUUUCUUCGGUUUCGUAUGUUUGGUCGAGUGCGCGCGUAAACACUACGAGAACAUCAUAUCAAUUAAUGUCACCCGCGCGGCCCACCGCGGACGCUCAUAAACGCGACAAAAAUUAAUGUGUUUUAGUGGCUCACACUUGCUCGCCGAAACGAAAACAGUGCCCGCAACCCGGUCCCUCUAUUUUGGCGUUCGCCAACUAGCAAAAAAAAGUGUUUGUGUAUGUGUGUGUAAUUUUGUAAGUGUGAUUACGUGGUAAAGUACUUGAGUGUAUAUGUAUGUGUGUGUGUGUGUUUGUCUGUGGUUUGUGUUUCUAGAGCACGACGCGAUCGCUCGAGUGCAACGGAGUGAUACUCCUGCCCCGCAAGCUCAACGCUCAACUAUCAACUCAACCAUAACCUCAACAUCCUGGGGGAAAAACAAUCCCCUGCCCAGCGCCGUUUCCGCCACCCGCCAUCCUGCCCGUUGCCAGUGCCUCUGCGUGUGUGUGUGUGUGUGUGUGUGUGUGUGUGUGUGUGUGUGUGUGUUUGUGUAAAUUUGUGUGCAAAUCUCACGCAAUCAACACGCUCUGCAACCAAACAGCAGCCGAAGAAGCCGAACAGCAACAACCGCAACAACAACAACAACAACAACAAAAACCAUCCCGCCCCACACUCACACAUGUACACGCACAGAAGCGAGCGCGAAUGACACCGGACGCCGGCCGUCAGCAUCCGAGCCACGGAGCAGCAGCAGCAGCUCGACCAUGGCCACCAUCUCCCUGAAGGGUAGCAAGACCUGGCCAUCGAUACUGCAGCGGAUCGACGCGAAGGGCCGCACGUACAGCUUCGUCGUGCCGACCAUCACUACCACCUCACCCACCCCGACGACUCCCGCGCUGCCUCCGACCCCGCGCCCGGAAACGGGUGCGGCAAUUCACAGAGCUACCGCUCCCAGUUGUCGGCCAACGGAAGGACACGAGACGGCAACGGGGUGUGGUGUGGCGACAGGAACCACUUCCACCACCAUCACCACCACCACCACCACCAGCACCACCACCACGACGACAACAGCGACGACAGCGGCGACGAAUGGCGGUGCGGGCAUUAUCGCGAACGUGACCUGCAACGAGCACGGCUGCCUGUCCGGGCAGGCCGCCGCGAAAGCGUCCACCCUGCGCCGCCACUACUACCCGGAAGGGUCGUGGGGCUGGGUGGUGCUGGCGGUCGGCACACUGCAAGCCAUCCUCAACCACGGCGUGCAGCUGUCCGGGCCGCUCUAUCUGCUACCGGCGGGCGAGCGCUUCCACCAGCCGGCCGUCAACAGUUGCGGAUGGCUGGGCGCCUUGUCGACCGCGGUGGCACUCUUCAUAUCACCCAUCACGAUCGCGGUAUGCAAGCGCAAAUCCACCCGGCUGACGGCUGUCAUCGGCGGGCUGGUGACCGCCCUCGGGUGCCUCUUCACUUCCUUCGCCUCUCAGUUCCACCAGCUGUUCUUCAGCUACGGUGCGGUCGUCGGUGUCGGCGUUGGGAUGACGCGCGACUGCUCCACCCUGAUGGUGGCGCAGUACUUCAAGAAGCGGCGCGAGUUCGUGGAGAUCUUCAUCGUGUCGGGCAGCGGGCUCGGCAUUGCCGUGAUGUCCGCCUUCAUCAAGUCGGCGAUCGAUGCGAUCGGGUGGCGGCUGGGGCUGCAGGCCGUCACCGGCACUGUGUUCAUCACCUUCAUCCUCGGCACCUGCUACCGGUCCGCGUCGCUCUACCAUCCGCAGCGCCGCGCGAUCCUGCACCUGAAGAACCAGAAGCGCAAGAUCAAGGACAAGAACAAGCAUGACGACCGGCCGCCAUUUUUCGACUUUAGCACGCUGCGCAGCAAAACCGUGCGCAUACUGCUCGCCUCGACCGGUAUCGGCGCGUUCGGUAUCAACACACCCAUCUUCUACCUUGCGCACGAGGUGCAGAAGGACGGCAUCGGCGACAAGGUGAUGAUCCUGCAGAUCUAUCUCGGGCUAGCGUGGACGCUCGGCUGCACCGCGUUCGGGCUGCUGGUCGUGCGGAAUAGCGUCGAGUGCCGGAUCGCCCGGCAGUACCUCUGCCAGACGGCCAUCUUCAUGUGUGGCGUCUGCAUCCUGGCGCUCACCGCCGUCCACGGCAACUACCACGGCUACGUGAUGUUCGUGUGGAUCUACGGCAUCUUCUGCGGCGGCUACCACUACUCGCUGAAGAUGUACACGUACGAGAAGGUGCGGGCCCGCAACUUUGCCCGCGCCUGGGGCUUCGUCCAGUUCGCGCAAGCCAUCCCGAUUGCGCUCGGCGUGCCGAUCUCGGGCUACAUGAACGACAGCGGUUCCGGCACGGCCGGCUACUACUUCAGCUCGGGCUGUGCCAUCGUCGGCAGCGUGCUGAUGUUUCUGAUCGAUCUGCACCGGCGGUCGGUAUCACGCCACAAGCACACCAGGGCGAACGGUACACGCCAUCUGUGCGUCUCGGAAACGUGCCCGCAGCGCCGUAAACUCUCCUUCUCGCAGGAGCCGGACAACGAGCCGGGCAUCAUCACCGGCAACACGGCAAUGAUGAUCGGACCGGAGCUGCUGAUACCGCCGCUGAGCGACGGCAUCGUGGAGCCGAUCAAUGGGCUCGACAAGCCGGAGCUGACCUGCAUCUCCGAGGAGGGUAUCGCCGACAUGGACCUGCCGGACAACCUGCUGGACGAUCUGGACUACGUCGGCGACUGCAUCACCUCGUGCAAUAAGGUGGAAAACUAUCUCAUGCUGAGCGAGUUCGAGAACAACCUCAGUGCCGAAGUUCCUAUCCUGCUGGACAAGCGGGGCCGCCGGCUGUCCCUCUCCAAAACGAAGGCCCUGCUCGGUGGGCACCUUGGUGCGGCCGGCGGUGGCACGCUGCUCGGCCACCAUCAUCCCGAGUGUCCGAUCGAGCACGGUGCCGGUUUCGGGCCGCCGGGCACGACGCCAUCACCGACGAUGGGCCCGCCGGGUGACACGAACGGGCUCUCCCUGUUGCAUCCUCACCAGGGCCAGCAGCAGCACCACCACAACCAUCACCAUCACCAUCCGCACCAUCACCACCAUCACAGCCAUCAGCCGGUGAACGGCGAUCUCGCGAAGAAUCUGCCACCGCUCGCGACCAAGUCGGACGUCGCGCCACAGAACACGAUCGGCGGCGGUGGUGCCGGUGGCGGAGGGCGGACCGCUGGCGGCGAGGUGGGCAAACCGGCGGGUGGAGGAACCGGUACGGCGGCGGGCGCUGCCGCCACCGGCUCCAGCACGCUCCAGCCCCAGCAGCACUGCAGACUGAACAGCAAAUGGCGCCCGAGCCAGCAGGUCGGGUUUCUCAACAACCGCGUUAUAUCUGUGAUCGAUGAAGCCUCAGUUUAGCUACACAAGGACGGACACACAACUUGGGGUUGGGGAACAAGCAAAACUAGGGAUAGAGCUAAGAGAUGUAGAAGGCAGACCCGUAAGAAGCGCGCUUUAAAGCAGAGUCGCCAGAGACGACAGAGAGUGCGUGUCUGAGGUACAUACACACCUGGACGACCUCCAACACUUCCCCAUAUUGUACAUAGAGCACUUACUCCGGUAGUUCGAUCGAUGUGUAAUCGCUAGGAGAGAUGCCUCACGCUUACGUUACUUAAUGCGUUACUCUUACUUAAUUUAUAAGCUUUAGAUGGAAAAAACAGAUGACUUAGCAGGGGAGGGUACAAGAAGAGUGUAGAGAACGAUUGACUGAUUUGUUGAUUUUAUGUUGUUUUUUAAUUUGUUUUUUUUUAUGUUAAAGUCCCUACUACGCAAUAGCCCAGAUCUGUGGGCUCCAAUCAUUUUUGUUUAUUUUUCUCUCUCUCCGCCCAUAUACUACCCUCACUCGUUCACCACGCACACUUCUCUUGCUCGAGAUUCGUGGUAUUAGACAAAAAAAUACUCCUCCUGUAUUAGUAGCUGCAAAGGUUUUCCUCUUAACAAUCACACUAGUGCACUCAGCUCCCUCCCAGACACACACACACACAUACACACCCCUUGAAGCAUCUUCAAACCUAUUUUCCACUGUAUUCCAAAGUAUCAGAUGCUAUAGAAUUGUAUUAGAGAAAAAAAAACAACCACCAACCCCCACUUAGUAGUACCGAUUGCGAGAGAUGCUGAAGAAUCGCAACAUUACGGUGGAGUAAUUUACUAUACACACAAACAAAUAUGAAAGGAAAAGGAAAACAAUUUCUGUGACGAAAACCCCAGGAAACUUAACGCUGCCAAUCCAUCCUCUCUCUUACGCCAGGGCAGGAGAUAAAUAAAAACCCAGUGUAAGAUAUAAAUUGGAUAUACAACUAUACAUAUAUACUAGGCGUUUACAACACAGCAACAGCAACAAAAUACUACUACUACAGUGCGCGAAAUUAAAAUAGCACCACCAUGUACUUUGGCAACAAUUGUGGAUUUACAUUACCGAUUCAGAUUUUCCUAGUUGAGAAUGUUGAAAUAACUUGUUCUACACCUUUCAAGCACAUUACUUCGGUAUAUUGAUGGGAUAUUUUUCAAUUAUGCUGGAAUAUUCCUCAACACAGGUGCAAAACAAUAAUAGCACCGUCGCGUCAAAACAGAUCUUUGUCAUUUUUUCGGGAUUUCGUUUAGGUUAUGAUUCAGUUUCGAUUAGUUUUGAUCAGAAAAGAAGUGUCGCUCAAAAAAGAAGGAAAAUCGAUUUUUUUCGUUACAUAGCCAGCAUUUGGUACCAGUAAAAACUCGUUUUAAACAGAUACUUGAGUUAGCAGGAUAGUGAAAAAUGUCAAAGACUACUGACUCUCUGAGCAAAAAUAAUGUUUCAAUGCCAGAUAGGUGAAGAAUCAAUACAAAAGCAGUGUGUCAGUUAACAGUUGCUUAUCAAAAUCGUUAAUGAGUACCAUUUCAAGGGUUGAAAUUAGUGGUUUACCAAAUUCUGCAACAGAUUAAAACAUACAAUGGCAGAUAUACCAGCGUAAGCGAUUCUUGAUCGGGUUUAAGUCGUGCCAAUUUUUUGGAAUAUGUUUUUUCCAUCAAGAAAGAUUGUGAAAAUGUUCUCUUCUCUAGAUGAAGAUUGUGAAAUUUCUCUAGAUGAAAUUAACCUCUAGCUUGAUGAUUACCAUGUGUGGCAACACUACAGAUGCGAUAAACGCAAACGCUAGUUUUUAAGUUGUGCCAGAGCUCUUACAGUAUUGCAACAAUUUGCUAUUGCAGUGGAUCUAAAUGCAUAUAAUGUGAAAUGAAAAUGAACCAAAAUACUUUAAAUUAUUAAUUUCACCAAAAUACAUUGAAUUACUUAAGGCUGGAUUUCUGACAAAUAUUUUGAAAUGAUCAAGUGGGCAUGUGUCCAGCUCUCCAGCACACCAGAUCAUUUCAUUCACAUCAUUUGAUUAUCCUUGGUUGUCGUUUUUUAAUGAAGAUAAAUAGCAGCUUAAGCAUGCUAAAAUCUCUUAUUUCUGAACAUUUGGAACAGAUCGAGUAUCUCUCGCUGUUGUUUGUAUUAUAGCCCAUAAAUGAGGGAUUCAUUGAACUAAUUUGCAUCAAUGACAUGUUUUCAUUCCUAGAAUGUUUAUAGAAUCAAUCAAAAGUCUAACUGGUGCUAUUUUUAUGUCGCUGAAACAUAAUUGAAAAAAGUCCCAUCAAUAUAUUGAAGUAAUGUGCUUGAAAGAUGUUAUUUUUACAUUCUCAACUAAAAUAAAUCUCAAUCGGUAACGUAAAUCCCCAACUAUUGCAACAACAAAAAAUAUGGUGGUUCUAUUUUCAUUUCGCGCACUGUAUUACACUACUAGCGUAUACAAACUGUACGCCUGCGUUGGGGAGGCCACUAGAAA